AUGACGUUCUGGUCGUCAACUGGAUUUAGUAACAGACAACUGCUUAGGAUCACGACAGUGUCGGCUGGUUUAAACCAACCUCGAGGACAUUUCAUUGCGGCUCCAAAUGUGGUUUCGUCUAUGAUGCAUCAGCUACAUGCUUCUGUACCGCUCUAUACCCUUCAGAUAGGUGCAAAUUCGUCAGUAUUUGCCUCUCCGCCUUGUACAAAUUAUAUUCCUGCUAGAGCGGACGUGAAUCAGCUUCCAGAAAAAGAGGAGAAUCCGUUCAGUAUUGAGGGUCACAUGCUCGAUGGCAAUACUGAGAAGCCAUAUACACUGAUGUUGACGCAUUCGUGCAAAAUGCAGUCAGCAGCUGAUGUAUCUACUAUCCGAAGAUCUCGUGGUAGAAAUAUAACCAGUGAAACGUUCGUUUGUAUGCACCGCGCUCAGCCAAUGUUUGUUGAACAGAAAGGAAAUCUGUCGAUGUACAGCAACUGGCACCAGGUAAGCAUUAACGAGGCAGAAUCCAAGCUGAACUUACUGUAUAUGGGCAUGUGCUCUACAAGACCGCGAACGGGAGUGAAGCCAUUCUGGCGCUAUAGCAUUGCAAAUCGUGAUCAUGGGCAGUACAAGAUGACACACUCUUCUUUUUGGGAAUAUCGAAAUAAGAUCAAACGCCAGACAGGUCAGGUGCAAAGCGCGAACACUACACAAAAUGCGAUUCGUCCUUUCGAAGCUGUUGAGCAAGAUACGAAACCACCAGUUGAUGAGGCAAAUGCAACAAGGUCUCCUUCUAAACUAGGAAGUAAGGACUCUGUUGAUGCAGAAAUCGGGGAAGAGCUAACUCAUGUUGCUGCUCCAAACGUUACUUCAACCGCUGAGGCAACAAGGUUAUGGAAAUCAAUGAGGAAGCAGGAUCCUGUUAUCGGAGGUUAUCGGACAGAUGAGGUGGAAUUCUCGUUUGUUCCAUUGAAGAUAUAUCACGUUCACAUCCAUACUUGUGGGCUUUGA